GUCUAAGCAGGAAGCGGCGCGUAGCCUCGCUGCGCGUGUAGGAGUAUUUUUACUUUAAAGCGCCCACGCGAGUUGCUGGCUGGGCUGGGUUGCUCCUCCAGAAAAAAAGCACGCCGAGGCAACGAUCAGUCAGACCCCGCCUCAAUUGACUCUUGUUUCGAAAUUUUGCGCCUUCUGAAGUUGUUUCUGUAACGUUUCGCGUACCAAAUUCUUGAGCUCGGGCUGAGGAGUGAAGUUCAUUCUCUUCGUUCUUUUCCCUACAUCAUCAUUAUUUUGAUAUCAUCGUUUACGCAUUUUUCAUUUGAUUCCUGAUUGUAAUUUUCAGCUUUUCCGUCCCCAUUUAUGGAGUCACCCGCAGUUGGUGUGCUGCCGGCUAAACGCCCUGCAAAUGGAUUUAAUUUAGAGAAACACAAAAGAUUAAAAGUUGUAGACUAUAGCAAUCCAUAUGCAAUUGCCGACUUGCUUGAUGGCCUGAACCACGGAAAAUUUGGAAGUGUCACAAAGGAUAUAGAGUCCCUUAUAGCUCAAAAGAUGCAGACAUUGAGCCCUAUAUUUGCAAAAGAUCCUGCGCUUCUACAGUUUGUGAAAGUGGGAAUGAAUCACAAUGAAGACACUGCAAAGAAAAUCAUAGAUUUGGAGGAUAAUCUCAAGACAAAGACUGCUCCAAAAGCAUCAUCAACUGUUGUAAUUAUUGAUUCAGAUGAGGAAGAUGAUAGAGAUAAGAAACCUUUUCUGCCAUUUCAAGAAGUUGUACUGCCAAAACCUGUUGUCCCACCGACUACAAAGGACAUGGUUGUGUACCAUGGUCCCAAUGCACAUCCUUCUAUUGGGUGUCAUGCUGGAAUUCUAGGUGUAAAACCUGAACUUUCUCUUGUUGGUGAAGACAACAUUGAAAAAGAUAAAGGUGCUUUUAUUGGUGUUCAAGGGGAAGACAAUCCACAGGCUGAUACAAAGGGCGAUGAGCUAGAUGAUAUUUGGAGGGAGAUGUCAAUGGCAAUAGAAUGUUCCAAAGAUGAUGCUAUGGAUUCUCCACAUGAUGAAGCUGAAAAGGGUGGGGGUGACUGUGAUCACUCUUAUGUUUUAAAAGAUGAUCUUGGUUAUGUUUGUCGCGUCUGUGGAGUUAUCGACAGAGGAAUUGAAACCAUAUUUGAAUUCCAGUACAAGGUCAAAAAAAGUACAAGAACUUACGCGGCUGAUUCAUGGAAUGCCAAAGAGAGAACAGCGCCUGAGGUAUCAGGACUUAAAUUUGGUGAAGAUGGUCUUGUGAUAACUGAAAUAUCUGCUCACCCUAGGCAUAUGAAGCAAAUGAAACCUCAUCAAAUUGAAGGAUUUAAUUUUCUUGUCCGUAACCUUGCGGGUGACAAUCCUGGUGGUUGCAUCUUGGCCCAUGCUCCUGGUUCUGGGAAGACAUUCAUGAUAAUUAGUUUCAUGCAAAGUUUUCUGGGCAAGUAUCCUCAGGCUCAUCCCCUUGUGGUUCUUCCUAAGGGAAUAUUGGCUACUUGGAAAAAGGAGUUCCAAACAUGGCAAGUGGAGGACAUUCCACUCUAUGAUUUUUACUCUGCUAAGGCAGACAGUCGGUCUCAGCAACUGGAAGUUUUAAAACAGUGGGUGGAGCAGAAGAGUAUUCUUUUCCUAGGAUACAAACAAUUCUCUUCAAUUGUCUGUGAUACUGGAACUAGCCCCGUAUCAGUAACUUGCCAAAAGAUAUUGCUUGAGGCUCCUUCUAUUCUAAUUUUAGAUGAGGGACACACACCAAGGAAUGACAACACUGACAUAGUUCAAUCCCUUACGAAAGUGCAAACUCCUCGAAAAGUUGUGCUGUCAGGAACCCUAUAUCAAAAUCAUGUCAAGGAGGUGUUUAACAUUUUAAACAUUGUGCGUCCACCAAAUUUUCUACGUUCACAGACAUCUCGACCUAUUGUCAGGCGCAUUAAGAGUAGAGUGCAUGUACCAGGCGUGAAAGAUUUCUGUGACUUGGUGGAGAACACUUUGCAGAAGGACCCUGAUUUUAAAAGGAAAGUGGCUGUCAUUCAAGAUUUGCGUGAGAUGACAAGCCAGGUACUUCAUUACUACAAGGGAGAUUUUCUUGAUGAGCUUCCUGGCCUUGUAGAUUUUGCUGUUGUGCUCAAUCUUACUCCCCGACAGAAGCAUGAAGUCCAUAAACUAAAGCACUUAUCCAGAAAGUUUAAGAUAAGUUCUGUAGGAAGUGCUGUUUAUCUCCACGCUAAAUUAAAGCCUAUGGCGGAAAAUUGCGCUGAGAAUUCUGCUGUAUCUGAUCAGAUGAUGGAUGAGAAAAUAGAGAGUAUAGAUGUGGAAGAUGGAGUAAAGUCAAAAUUCUUUCUUAAAAUGCUGAACCUUUGUGAAUCAAGUGGGGAGAAGCUUCUAGUUUUCAGCCAAUAUCUCUUGCCUUUGAAAUAUUUAGAAAGGUUAACUGUGAAAAGGAAGGGAUGGAGUCCAGGAAAAGAAAUAUUUGUUAUAUCAGGUGAAUCAAGCUCUGAACAAAGAGAAUGGUCCAUGGAGCGGUUUAACAAUUCACCAGAUGCUAAAGUCUUCUUUGGCUCAAUCAAGGCAUGUGGAGAAGGCAUAUCUCUGGUUGGGGCAUCGCGCAUAAUUAUUUUAGAUGUUCAUCUAAAUCCAUCAGUGACACGCCAAGCAAUUGGCCGUGCAUUCCGACCAGGUCAGACAAAGAAAGUCUUUGCAUAUCGGUUGAUAGCUGCCGAUUCUCCUGAACAAGAAGACCAUGAUACUUGUUUCAAGAAGGAAUUAAUAUCAAAAAUGUGGUUUGAAUGGAAUGAAUACUGCGGCUUUCGUGAUUUUGAAGUUGAGACUGUUAAUGUGGAACAAUGUGAUGAUUUCUUUCUGCAAAGUCCGUUGCUAAGGGAUGAUAUUAAAAUUCUGCAUAGAAGGCCUUGACACUCAGGUGAGCUUGAUGGACCGGGGUAACUGAAGUUCGUUUGAGAUUGCACAGUUUAACGUACAGUCCAAUGUGAUAUCGGCUCCGUAAACUUGAUUCUACUAGUUUGUAAAUGCACAGUAGUUCAUAACAUUAGGCAUGUCCUUCUUUCGAUGUCCUCAGUUUUUUUGUCAAAAAAAAAAAAAGAAUCAGUCUUGUAUUGGCUUGCUCGCGGUGAUUUACAUCGUAACUCGAGGGCUUGAAACUAAGUUUCUGACGAAGAUCCUUUAAAACAACUUCAGACAAAA